AUGCUCAGUUCGCAAAUGAAAUUAGAUUACGAUAAUAAAGCAGAGAGCUCGAAAGAAAAUGAAGAAAAUAAAGGAGAGGUCACAAAAAAAAUUAAUGAAGAAGUCAGUGAAUUAAAAAAUAUUGUUGGAAGGCAAGAAGAAAUUCUAAAAAAACUUACACAUUCAUUCAAAGAGUCAAAAAAUAAAAAUACUAAAUUGAAAGAUUUGCUUGAUGAAACUCAUAACUGAAAAAAUUCAUUUGCAGAGAGAAAUGAAAGACUAGCAAUGAGGUUUCAGAAAUGCAUACCAGAAAAAAAAGAGGGUUCUCAAAACUCAAGCUCAACAAAAGGGUCAAAAAUUAAAACUGAUGACAAACUCUUAGAGGAAACUGACAGUUUUAGAAAAAAUCCAAGAAAGAGUAUCGGAAAUCGAAUAAAAUUUAAACGAUCGCCUAAAACACCAGCAGAAUCCCUACUUUCGAAAUCUUGCGUGCUAUUUCAUAUUUAA